AUGAACAUGAACGGGUUGCGGGCGCUUGCGCGUUGUGGUGCUCAGCGUGGCUUUAGGGGCUGCGUGAGCCGAGGGCCUCCACCGUGUGCACGUAGGUCUCUUGGUGCCUCCCUGUCGGUUUGCAUCACUUGUGUGCCUCACACGACACUCACUGCCCAGUCACGCACGCAGUUUGCACAGGUCCCCGGGAAGCGGGAUCAGGAGGCCUUUCUUUCGCAGUACAACCCACUUGAGGUGCUUGCUCUUGAGGAGUCGUGCACAGUGGAGGAAAUUGACGAAGCCUUCGAGCGAAUGAGUGCCAAGUAUGGCCCUAAUGGACCUUGUCCUGACGCGAAGCUGUUGGACCGUGUGUUCAGGGCGCAUGCAAUUCUUAAGGACCCCGGCUCACCGUACUACCUUCGUGCUCACUCCUCCGAUAGUGAACGACAGCGUCUUCAGUUUCAGCUUCUUCCAAAGUCAAAGCGUAGGCUAAUUGAGGUUCAAGUAGGAAUUUUAUUGCUGCUUUUAGUUGGGCUUGCAAUGCUGGUGCUUUCUCUGGUGCUGCGCCCGAUGAAGCGUUCAAUCCGUGCCGCAACGCGUUGA